UCGGUAGUGAGUGCAAAAGUGCGAAAGCAGAGCCUAAGAACACUCCCAGCCCCAGCUCCAUCAUGUCUGUACUGCGGACACUGGCGCUGUUGGCCAUUUGGGCCACUGUCGUCCUGGCUCAGCGCCGUCUGGCCCUUCCGGAUCCGAGAAGUUGCGCCAAUCGUGUGCGACACGCGACGUACCGAGAUGCUCGUGGUGUCGCUCAUUCGUACUUCUUCAGCUGGGAGCAUGCACCUACGCGUAGCCUGGAGGUAGAUUGGUUGGAUGCCCGGAACAUUUGUCGCCGGCAUUGCAUGGACGCUGUGUCAAUGGAGACGCCACAGGAGAACGAGUUCAUCAAGCAACGUGUGGCUCGUGGCAAUGUGCGGUACAUCUGGACGUCUGGACGUAAGUGCAACUUCGCUGGAUGUGAUCGACCGGAUCUUCAGCCUCCGAACGAGAACGGUUGGUUCUGGUCCGGUUCGGGUGUGAAGAUUGGUGCGACAACGCAGCGCAACACUGGCGAUUGGAGCUACACCGGCGGUUAUGGACAGCCGCAACCUGAUAACCGUGAAGCCGCCCAGGGUAACGAUGAGUCGUGCCUUUCGAUCCUGAACAACUUCUACAACGAUGGGCUGAAGUGGCACGAUGUGGCCUGUCAUCAUCUGAAGCCGUUCGUGUGCGAGGACUCCGAUGAGCUGCUGAACUUUGUGCGUUCGCGCAACCCAGGCAUCCGUCUGUAGGCGAUACUGCUACUACGGUGCUGCAGGUGUCUAUGGCUCAGUUGUUGUUGAGUGCAUCAUGUUUCGCAACGUUCGGUCAAUCGCCUCGAUGGGUUGAUGGACGGUUGUAGACCCCGAUGCAAACGAUCGAGACAGCCCCAGUGCAGACGUUUGGUCUGCGUUGUAUUAUCUCUGUUUAAUGCCUAUUUAUUGUACUGUAAGAAAAACGCCACCGGCCUUUCGGAAACCCAGACGCAGACGCAGACGCAAGAUUACGCACGCAAGUGUGCAGGUACUUCCAGAUCCUCCCUCCCCUGGCAAAAACAAGCAAACGAAUGACAAAUCGGAUGAAUUAUUGUUUUUAAAUUUGUAAGUUUUUGUUUUCGGUCGAACGAGAAUAAAAAAGUACGGAAACAUUGUUGUACAA